AGCGCGGCCACGCGCGCCGCCCGCGCCCAGCCGCCGCCCGGGCGCCCAGGCUGGGACGGGGUGAGAUGGCAGCCUCCUCCUCCUCCUCUUCGGCUGGCGGAGUCAGCGGCAGCUCCGUGACAGGGUCGGGGUUCAGCGUUUCGGACCUGGCACCGCCCCGGAAAGCCCUCUUCACUUACCCCAAAGGAGCUGGGGAGAUGCUGGAAGAUGGCUCCGAGAGAUUCCUCUGUGAGUCUGUCUUCAGCUUCCAGGUGGCGUCGACACUGAAGCAGGUGAAGCACGAUCAACAAGUGGCAAGGAUGGAAAAACUAGCCGGUCUGGUGGAGGAGCUGGAGGCAGAUGAGUGGAGGUACAAGCCAAUAGAGCAGCUCCUGGGAUUCACUCCUUCCUCGGGCUGAGCGUGUCUGGAUCGCUGCUGUCAGGGAGCAGAAGAAAAGCAUUCCCUGGCCUGGCUUCCAAACCCCCCCCGUUCAUCAGAUGCUGACAGCUGCAUCGGCACGGCGGGGCUUCGCGUCUUUCUGGGAGCGGGGAUCCCCGUAAAGCUGCCAAUAAACAGAAAUGACUGGAUUCUGUAAGUCCUCACUCUGGCAGGCUGGCAGGGCUCAGUCUCUGUAACUUAGAAGGCAGGAUCAGCUGUGCAGCUCUCCGAGAGUCACUGUAUUAUUGACAGAGGAGGGCACACUGACAGUGUGGCCGCGGGGAGGGCGACCCAGUAACUCGGCCUGGCCCUGCGCUGGCGCGCGGCCGAAGCACUGGGUGACUGGGGAAACCCCUGUCUGUGCUCUGCAGCAAAUGACACCCUGCCAAAAACACUCCUCAGCCCCAGCCCUUGUUCUGGGGGAUGGACACGGCAGGAACUGGCCCAGGUCGGGUGAGGGGCCACGCGGUGCCUCGGAAGCUGUUCCCUCUCCAUCACCCUUUCUCUAGUAGUGCUGGUAAGGAAGGACACUGCUCUUUCUUUAACACUCUGAAACUUUUUCCUCUUCGUUUGUAUUAAAUUUCUCUGUGACAAUAAAAUAAUUCUCUCUUCAAAA